AUGUCAUCGGGAAAUAUCAAAGGUUUCUACAAGCAAAGAAAAAACCCCACCACCGCCACAGCCAACGCCAAGAAACCGCCGAUUCAUGCCGCCACUUUCAGUUCCAAUGUCGCCCAACCUCCAGCCCUCACAUCCCGCAACGGAAAACCAGAUCUCCAAGAUGAAUACAACGAAAGUGAGUCGGUGUUGCGCCAAUUUGACAUGAACACGGCUUAUGGUCCUUGCAUAGGGAUGACGAGGCUGGCACGCUGGGAGCGUGCGGUGAAACUCGGUUUGAACCCUCCGCAGGAAAUUGAGAGGCUUCUGAAAAGUGGUAAAGUUCAGCAAGAAUCCCUCUGGGAUAGUCGCAUUUAG